AUGGCAGGGAGACGCUUCAGCCUGUUCAGGCUGCUGAGGAGAGAGAACAGGAGUGGCCCUGGGGUGGCCCCAGCACAGCAAGCUGAGGAACCUCUGCAGCAGGAUCCAGGCCAGGACUGGACGGAGGAGCAGGACCGCCCCCGUGGCCGCUUCCGCAGAGCAGUUCAGAGGUUGCUGAAAAUCAUGCGCAUUCGGCGUAGAACACCCAGAACCACACCACCUGAGCUCGUGUCAGAGCCUGACACCAGGCCAGCUGAGCUCAAGGAGAAGCCUGAUGGCAGCACCGCGCCGAUUGAUUGCACGGCAACCUCUGACACCGCUGUGAGCGAGGACACGGCCAACCCUGACACCGCACUGGCCGACCACAUUGCAAAGGAUGACACAGAACCCAGUCAUUGCACAGCAAAGCCUGACACCGCUUUGGCUGAAGACACAACCGGCUCUGACACCGCAGCCACUGAUGUCAUGGCCAAGGCUGACAUGGCACUGAUGCCAAUGGAUGGCACAUCACACUCUGACGCGGCACCGAUGGACGGCACAGCAAAGCCUGACACCGCUUUGGCUGGUGACACAACCGGCUCCAACACUGACCUCGUGGCACAGGCUGACAUCACACCGAUGCCGACUGAGGGCAGAGUAAGCUCUGAUGAGGCACCGAUGGAUGACGCAGCAAACCCUGAGACUGCCGUGACCGAUGACACAACCAACACUGAAACCACAACAAGUGACCUCAUGGCAGAGGGUGACGCCACGAGUGAGGGCAUCGGAAACGCUGCCACCACGCCAGUUGAGAGUGUGACUGAUGCUCCCAGUGUGCACUUUUUGGAGGGGAAAGGUGUCUCCAGUUGGAAGCCAGUGCCGGCCAUCGUUUGGUACAUCCACCAUGACCUCACCUCCCACGUGUCUCCGCACACUGACAUCUGCAGGCUCGCUGAGGCACACCCACGGGAUGUGGUGAUGACUCUCCUGCGCUGUGCCCCAGAGUGUGACAGAGCUGCUGCAAUGAUGUGGAGAAGCAUCGGCUCCUCGGGAACAGCAGUGGAGAAGGUGCUGCCAACACUGCUCCAAGUGAUGGAGGACUGGCCAGUGCACGGAAUGUCCACCUCCGAUGGCGACAACAGAGACGUGUUUGCCCUGGCUGCAACCCUGGCACUGUGGCUGAUCAUCCAGGAGACCACAUGCCAGGAUGCAGUCAUGAAUUACGUCCCCCGCCUGCUCGUGGCUCUGAUGUUCCAAGUGUCCAUGAGCACAGAGCAGGUACCAGAAGAGGUGAACGCCUUCUGGAGGGGAUGCCUGGACCAACACCGCCUUCCCACCCAGCCCAACAGGUUUUUGAUAGAGACCAUCAAGGUCCUGCUCUGCCACCUGCCGUGGGAGGAUAUUUGGAUGGCAAGGAAGCGCAGGCUUGCCUGGGACCCACUCCUAAAUUCUGACACCCAUCACUAUGCAGUGGGUCUGCAUGUCAGGGAGAUGCGCCGCCAACUGACCCCCUCCCAUUCCCCACUGGCAAUCCACCUGCUGGGGCUGCUCAGCUCUGAGGACCCCCGUUGGGAGCUGCCUGCCCUGGAGUUCCUUGUGGAGCUCCUGGACUAUCUGGACGGAAGGAGAUGUCAGAGCAGUGUUGAGCAGAUCCUGUCAAGGCACCUGCAGAGCGAGUGCCCAGAGAGACGUCGCCUGGCUCUCCGAGGCCGCAUGGUGCUCUGGACAGAUCUGUCAAUGGCCCAAAGCAUCUGCAGCCUGUCUCAACACCUCCUGGAGCUGCUGCCUGAUGCAGACGGAGAGCUGGUCGUGAUGACCCUCUCUGUGUUUGUGACUGUGAUCCGGGACAAAGACAUUCGGGCAUUCAUCUCCACUGCCCCCAAGCUGGCUGAGGCGCUCCGGCCACUCUUAGACAACCUGUCCUCCUUUCACUUCUUCCAAACGGUGAUGGAGGUACUGGUGGAAGGGGGAACACAGCCCUUGGAGAUGCAGAUGCACCAGAGCCUGGUGCUGUGGUUCUUCCUGCACUAUGAUGAGCACCAGUGCGUGGCAGAGGUGCCGACCAUCGUGAGAUCCAUGCACCAGUGCCUCACCUCCCACGUGGCUCCAGGUGUCACGAUGCACAAGAACAUCUGCAGGCUCGCUGAGGCACACCCACAGGAUGUAGUGAUGACUCUCCUGCGCUGUGCCCCAGUGUGUGACAGAGCUGCUGCAAUGAUGUGGAGCAGCAUUGGCUCCUCGGGAACAGCAGUGGAGAAGGUGCUGCCAACACUGCUCGGAGUGAUGGAGGACUGGCCAGUGCACGGAAUGUCCACCUCCGAUGGCGACAACAGAGACGUGUUUGCCCUGGCUGCAACCCUGGCACUGUGGCUGAUCAUCCAGGAGCCCAAGUGCCAGGAUGCAGUCAUGAAUUACAUCCCCCGCCUGCUCGUGGCUCUGCUGUUCCAAGUGUCCAUGAGCACAGAGCAGGUGCCAGAAGAGGUGAACACCUUCUGGAGGGGAUGCCUGGAGCAACACCACCUUCCCACCCAGCCCAACAGGUUUUUGGUCCAGACCAUCAAGGCCCUCUUCUGCCGGCUGCAGUGGGACAAUGAGGUGGUGUCAGUGGAGCGCAAGUGUGGCUGGGACACGCUCCUCUAUGCUGACACCCAGCACUAUGCAGUGGGGCUGCUGGCCAGGGAGAUGCGCCACGUCUUGAUCCCUUUCUAUUCCCGGAUGGCAAUCCACUUGCUGGGGCUGCUCAGCACUGAGGACCCCUGUUGGGAGCUGCCUGCCCUGGCGUUCCUGGUGGAGGUCCUGGACUUUCUGGACAGGAGUAAAUGUUGUGACAGUGUCCUGCCCAUCCUCUCAAGGAACCUGCGGAGCCAGUGCCCAGAGAGGCAGCGCCUGGCGCUCAGAGGCCUCCUGGUGCUUGCUGUGGAUCCCUCAAUGGCCCAAAGCAUCUGCAGCCUGGCUGAAAGCCUCCUGGAGCUGCUGCCUGAUGCAGAUGGAGAGCUGGUCGUGAUGACCCUCUCUGUAUUUGAGAGUAUGCUCCAGGAUGAAGACAUUCGGGCAUUCGUCUCCACUGCCCCCAAGCUGGCUGAGGCACUCCGGCCACUCUUUGACAACGACAACACCCACGUGCAGCUGCUCUCCAUUCACCUCUUCCGAGAGGUGAUGGAGCUGCUGGUGGAAGAGGGAACACAGCUCUUGGAGACACAGGUGCACCAGAGCCUGGUCCCACUGUUCAUCCAUGGGCAUGACGAGAACCAGUGCGUGGCAGAGGCCUCUCGGGAAGUGCUGCUUUGCGCUGCCAGGUUCCUCAAGAGAAGGGACCUGGAGAAGCUGUUGAGGAAAGAGCAGCACUUCAAGUUCUGUGAUUGCCUGAUGGACAAGGACGUGAGCCGAAGGGCCGAGCACCUGCACCAGGCCCUGCCCUACCUGCAGAGCCCACAGCAGCCCCUGCGAGAGGCGGCCGUCAGGUUCAUGGGGAUUGCUGCCUGGCACAUGCAAGACCUGCAGCUCCUCAUGAGGGCCUUUGAAGCCAUGAGCCAGGACGACUGCCCGUCCUACUGCACCAUGCGGACUGAAUUCUUGUCCGCUUUUAGACGGGCAGUAACAAAGUAAUCUCCAGCCAGACAACCUGCGUCCCUCCAACAGCACUGGAAGACCAAGGGACGAGACCACUUCUCAUCGGAGCUGGAGAUUCAGCUGAUGCUGGGCCCAACUGAGCCAGCCGGCAAGGCCAGGCAGCUCCUGGCCUGCCCACCUCUAUGAACAGCCCCUUCCCUUCCCAAACCUUCCCUUCCCAAACCUUCCCAAACCUUCCCAAACCUUCCCAAACCUUCCCAAACCUUCCCAAACCUUCUCCUGCCCACACUUAAUCCUCCCUUUCCCCUUAG